AUGCACAGGCAGAGGGCGCCUGGCCUGCACCCAAACAACUGCACAGUGCACUGUAACCACUCUCGUCUCCUCUCACAUCUGGGGGGAAUGGUGUCCCCCACGAUACUCCGCCUAGUACCGCAUAUCCCCAUCAGAAGUAGUGAGGAUGAGGAUGAGGAGAUUGGGACGUCUUCCUCUUCGGUUCUGGUUCCUGGUCCAGUGGAGAACCUGCGGGCAGAAGCUGCGUCUCCAACCUCCAUCCAAGCAUCCUGGGAUCCUCCGUCCCACGCCAGCGGCCCCAUCCAGAGCUACAGACUGCUGUGGACCGAGACGUCCACCGGAAAAGAGCAGAACGUGGAGGUGGUGGGUCAGAGCUACAGGAUGGAGGGACUGAAGAAGUUCACAGAGUAUUCGUUACAAGUGCUGGCGGUCAAUCGGCACGGGCCCGGCCUCUCCGAUACAGACACGCUCAUCACCACGCUCUCAGACGGUAAGACUGGACCUUCAGCACUGAACCUGGAAUAAACACAUGAUUCACAACUGCAAUCAGGUCACAGUGUUCAGAAGAUGUUUCCACAAGCCAUCCAGUUAACCACACACUAAUGACGGCUUUGAUGUGGCAGUAAUAUUCAGGCCGUCACAUCUGAAGCGUCAAUCAAUUUCACGGCGUGUCACUCAACUCUGACAGGCUGACAUGAGACAUUUGAGACACGUUUGAUUUGUUUGCAGCUCCACUGCAUCUGCAUUUGAGAAGCAGCCGGGAUCUUCCCUCCAAUUCAAUUAGAGUCCCUUGAGAGAAACACACACACUCACACACACACACACACGCCUUCCUGAUCAGAAAAUGAAUAUAUUUAUUCAUAGUCACCAUCUUGGCUCAAUUUGUCACAAUAUAUUCUGCUAUUGCUGCAUCAGAUUUGUCCAGGAGAAGCUGUGUGCACUUUAAUUUGAAUAAAUAAAUAAAUAAUAAAAAAAAAAGAAUGCAAUGAAAUAAAAUAAAACAAAAUAAUAAAAUAAAUGUCUGUCCUGAUCUGUGCUUCGUCUGAAUCUGCUGGAGCUGAUGUAGCUGAAGUUUUCUGAUGUUAAAGCUGUAUGCCGUUCAUCUC